AUGGCGAUGGUGGAGGACGUGGGGAGGGGAGAGCGUAGGAAGGGGGGGGUUCUGACUUUAAUACUGCCGGUACGGUACUCUCCUGCGGUGCUUGUACGACUUUUGAGGGUCAUAGCGGCUGUGUACUACACCUCCCCGGGAGGCUGCGCUAGGCUGAUUAGAACAGGGCUAUGAUGGGUUGGUUUCUUUUAACGGCCUCCUUUCUUUUUCCCUUUUUGGUCUUAUUGUGCGUUGUGCUUUUUUCUAUCCUGCGUCCUGGGAGGAAACACUUGUUUUGCAUUCUACUUGUAUGAGCUGGCUCUGCUUUUUUUCUCACUUAUCGCUUCCGCUAUUUUCUUUCUCACCCUAACGAUGAAAUGAUUGCUCCUCCCGGGGCGUGUACAGUAUUGUGGUUCAUUCGGAAAAUUUUGGGACGCAAUGAGGUUCCGUGAGAAAG